AUGACCACCGAAGCCCGCGACGCUGCAAUCCGCGAGGCGAAGCUGCACGUACGCGAAAUCGUCCGGAACGACUGGCUCUUCCACCCGUCCACGGACACUGGCCUGCCCGCCUCGUCGACCCCCGCCCCGCCAUCCCACGAGAUCGCCGAGUGGCGCCUGCGCGAAUACGAUAGUUCCGGGUCCGAGCUGGAGCCCGUCUCCUCGCCGGAACUGGAACCGGAAGAUUACCACGACAGCGACCAUGAAUUGGAGUAUCGGCCAGAGCUAGGAGGCGCCGCGCUGCGCGAGAUCUCGCCGCGUCGCAAGCGCCGCAGACAGGAAGAGGAAGAGGAGAUGCGGUGGAACGAGGGCCUACGAACUUGGGUGGAGAGACGCGAUGCCUGGUCUGGGGCGCUGUCGCGCACGGAGAUCCGGAGGCGCGAGCAGAGCGAGAGGCAGCGGGGGCAGGAGAAUGGGGAGGAAGGAGCGGCGCAAUCGCAAUCGCAAUCGCAUGGCCUGGAGGGCCCGAAUGCGACUGCGACUGGGAACGAGGACGCGCAUACCCUGGAUUCAACAACUUCUUCUGGCUCCGGCACCAACUCGUCGUCGGGAUAUGACGACCUAGCCGCUAGAACCGAAGCCUCGCUCUCCGUCGCCGAUCAGGAUCCCACGUCGACGACGUCGAUGGUGGCCGCGACGCAGCAGCAGUUCCCGGCGGACCGCGAACGCGAAGACGAGCCUUCUACCGCCGAUCCGGAGAAUCCUCACGACCCCGACGCUGCUCCCGCGACGACAGCUAUCCAAGAACCCAGCACGGCGACUCCCGCGCCAGCGACGCAAGCUGCCACCGCCACUGCCUCGUCGCACCAGAUCGCGCGAAACCACUACGAAGACCCCUUCAUCCCCGUCGCUCCCUCCCUCAUCUCCAACUCCAACCCCAUCCGCGCCGCCAUCACCCCAACCAUGUACCCAUCCAUCUACUCGAAAGUCGUCGUCCAGGGCCUCACCCCCACCGUGCCUAUCAACCUGGCGGACGUCACGAAAGCCAUGGUCCAGGGCUGGAAAGCAGAUGGCCAAUGGCCGCCGAAACCCGCCAACACGAACAUCGUGCUCCAGGAUGACGCGACGGUGCGGAGGCCCGAGAAACCGUCCGCCAGCGCGGCGGGAGCCAGCGACGCCGCCGAGAAGCAGCUUGGGUCGUCGCCCGAGUCGAAGCGGCGAUCGGGAAUUGCCAGCACCGUUCGGAAGGUGCUGCAUUUCUCAGGAUUCCAUCAGCAUCCGUUCCAUCGACGGGGGUCCUCGAGUCAUCAG